AUGUCCUUCAUCAAGGCUGCUGGCAAUGCUCGUCAACUCUCGGUCAUCGAGAGCGCGUACUCGCAAGAGCUCGACAGUACCACCAUGCACGACAGCAGCGAAGACUCUACCGAACAGAAGGAUUUCGCAGUCCCCGACAUCUCCUUCGCUGCUUCAUCCUCUGUUCUCGGUGGUACUCAGGAUCCGAGUCAAAUCUCCAGCCUCACCCUCAACCUGUUAUCCACUGACGACUUACACCAUCAAAGGCAGGCGAGUAAAGAUAUCGAGAAGGGUGAUGCCGCCACCCUAUCCUCCGAUGAAUCGGGACCACAAGUGGCGGAGAUUGCCAACCACGACAAGCAAGAUCCUUUCGCUCAAGAAUCUGAAGGUGGCGUUCAAUACCGGACUAUGGCAUGGUGGCAAGCAAGCAUGGUCAUGAUCGCCGAAACCGUCUCCCUAGGCAUCCUCUCCCUGCCCUCCGCCCUCGCCACCCUCGGCCUGAUCCCAGGCCUGAUCCUUCUUCUCUCCCUCGGCGCUCUGUCCACCUACACGGGCCUCGUGAUUGGGCAGUUCAAACUCCGCCACCCACACAUCCACUCCAUGGCCGACGCCGGCAUGGUCCUCUUCGGCCGCAUCGGCGGCGAGAUCAUCGGCGUUGGCCAGCUCCUCUUCUUUGUCUUCAUCAUGGGCUCUCACAUUUUGACGUUCAGCAUCAUGAUGAACGCCAUCACCAGCCACGCCGCCUGUACCAUCGUCUUCAUGCUCGUGGGGAUGGCCCUCAGCUUCCUCCUCACCAUCCCUCGCACGCUCAAGAACCUCAGCUGGUGGUCCAUCACCUCGUUCAUCUCCAUCAUCGCCGCCGUCACCAUCACCAUGGCCAGCAUCUCCAUCUCCCGUCCCCGAAUAGGCAAGGUAGAUCUCUGGCCCAACGCGGAUGUCGCGUUCCACCAGGCCUUCCUCGCCGUGGCGAACAUUAUCUUCGCUUAUGCCGGGCAUGUCGCCUUCUUCACCUUUAUUAGUGAGUUGCGCAAACCAGAGGACUUCCCCAAAGCUCUCUGUCUGCUUCAGGGCUGUGAUGUCGCCAUGUACGUCAUCACCGCGGUGGUGAUUUACCAUUUUGCCGGUGAUCAGGUCAAAUCCCCCGCGCUUGACUCGGCAGGGCCCUUGGUCAGAAAAGUGGCCUACGGAGUGGCUAUCCCGACGAUCGUUGUGGCGGGCGUGGUCAACGGACAUGUCGCGGUCAAAUAUCUGUAUGUGCGCCUCUUUCGCAAUAGUGGCCAGGACGGUGCUAAGGGCGGUAACAUCAUGUACCAGACCACAUUUAAGGCGAGGGGCAUCUGGGUGGCUAUCAAUGCCGUCCUCUGGGUUGUCGCCUGGGUGAUUGCCGAGGGGGUACCGGUCUUUAAUGAUCUGCUUGGUUUGACGAGCGCAUUGUUUGCGAGUUGGUUCACCUUUGGGUUGAGUGGGUUGUUUUGGUUCAGUCUGAAUCGUGGUCGGUGGUGGUGCUGGAAGCAUUGGAGGAUGGCGCUUGGGAGUGUGGUUGCGGCUUUGUGUUUCCUGAUUGGCCUGUUGAUCUGCGUCAUCGGUCUCUACGCAUCGAGCAUGUCGAUCCGCGCGAACAGCCAACGCAAGAUGGCGGGAGGCAGUUUCUCGUGCGCGGACAAUUCUGGAGCGAAGAUAGUGGGCGAUCUGGGUGGUGGGAAGGUGGUGGAGGGGAGAGCAUUGGCCUUGUGUUCGAUCUAA